AACAAUUGUUUUUCUUUUUUACCAGGAACUGGUUCACUUGUGUAUACUGAAAAAUGGAAGCAGCAAGAUCCAGUCGUACUGUGUACGAGUGUCUGCUCUUCGAUAUGGAUGAUACCCUGUAUCCUUUGAGCUUGGGUAUAAACAUGGCUUGUCGCAAGAACAUAGAAGAGUACAUGUUGAAUCACUUGCAUAUUGAAGAAAGUGAAGUUCCUAGGAUGUGCUUGGAGUUGUACAAGGAACAUGGUACAACAAUGGCUGGUCUUAAGACACUUGGAUACGAAUUUGACGACGAUCAAUUCCAUGCUGAAGUUCAUGGAGCGUUGCCAUAUGAGUUGCUGAAACCUGAUCCAGUCCUGCGUAAUCUCCUACUCUCCAUGCCCCAACAGAAAAUAAUCUUCACGAAUGCAGACGAAGCACAUGUGGCACAAGUGCUAAGUAGGAUGGGUUUGGAGGAUUGCUUCCAAGGUGUUAUAUGCUUUGAAACACUUAACCCUCCUUCGGAAACGAAAAGGACAACAGUUCUAUGCAAGCCUUCCGUGGAAGCAAUGGAAGCCGCUAUUCGCAUUGCAAACGUUGAUCCUAAGAAAACAAUAUUCUUUGAUGACAGCAUUCGCAACAUUGCCAGUGGAAAAGCUGCUGGGCUUCAAACUGUAAUCGUCGGGCGAUCGACUUUGGUUCCAGGUGCAGAUCAUGCUUUGAACAGUAUACAUAAUAUCAGAGAAGCAUUGCCCGAGAUAUGGGAAGACGAAGGAGAGCAUUUGGAGCAAAUAAUUCAGUCAUCUGCGGUGGAAACUGUUGUCCUAGCUUAGACACAUUAGCUUUCAUAGGUAACGGGGACAACGUCGUCAAUGAACUGAAGGGAGACUACUUAAUUACCAGAUAUAUGCUAUAAAUUAAAGUAAUGCUUAUUGAUUAAUAAAAUUUCACACUAGAUGAGAUUGGCUUGUGAACAGGAUCAGUGCUAAAGUAAAAUACUUCUACUGUUCAUAUGUCCUUUGUUAUCAAUGUAGCUAAAAUAAGUUUGUUGUAAGCAAUAAUAGUUGCAGUACUAUUGUACUAUUGUACAAGUACCACUAUGCAGUACAAGAAUCAUAAUAAUAUGCCAUGUCAUCAGAAAAAUUAAGAUGCAUUUUCGUCA